AUGGAAUGCGAAGGAACGAGACGUAUUGCGCUAGAACGCAGCGGAGACGCCCACGGGCGGGCGGCCAAUGGCGGCGGAGCGCGGCCGCCAUUGGCCGUCGUUUGCCGCCGAAACGCGGAAAAAACGCGCCAAACGAAAAACAAUGGCACACCGCUGCCAAUGUCACCGCGAUACGAGUACACGGGCGAUCGCGUGGUAUGGGAGGAAACCAGUCUCCAGGGUGGUCUUGAGGUCGUGCUUAAGGUGCUCUAUCAGCAAUCAACAACUUCCACGCACAGCACAGUGCCGCUUUCCCACGCGACUGUCCAGCCCAUCUUACAACUUUGA